AUGGAAACAGCACCUAAGUCGAUGAUGGAUUUACCAGCAAUUCGAGAAUUUGAUGCAUUCCCAAAAACAAUACCAACUUACAAAGAAAGAUCAAGUCGUGGUGGAAUCUUAACGAUCGUAGUCGGAUUCUUGAUUAUGAUUUUAAUUUGGCAUGAACUUCGAGAAUAUCUUUUUGGAGCAGCUACUUAUUCUUUCAGUGUGGAUAAUACAGUGGGACAUGAUUUAGGUCUUAAUUUUGAUGUGACUAUCAAUAUGCCAUGUCAUUAUCUUAGUAUCGAUGUUCGGGACGCAGUUGGGGAUAGAAUGCAUAUUAGUGAUGAGUUUAAGAAAGAAGGAACUGAAUUUUCUAUAGGUCAAGCAGCACGACUUGAGACAAAUAACGAUGCUGGGAUUUCAGCUUCUAAGAUGGUACGGGACGCUCAGGGAGGAUGGACACGUCCAACAUUCAAAAAAACCAAACCCUUGAUCCCAGAAGGACCAGCUUGUCGAAUCUUUGGUAGUACACAUGUCAAGAAAGUCACUGGCAAUCUACAUAUCACCACAUUAGGACAUGGAUAUUUAAGCUGGGAACACACCGAUCAUCAAUUAAUGAAUUUAACACAUGUGAUCAGCGAGUUCAGCUUUGGAGAAUUUUUCCCCAAUAUGGUACAACCAUUAGACAAUAGUGUUGAAAUCACAGACAAGCCCUUUCAUAUAUUUCAAUACUUCAUCAGUGUUGUCCCAACUACGUAUAUCAAUAGUGGUGGACGUCAGGUUUUCACCAAUCAGUAUUCUGUCACUGAUAUGUCACGUUCAACCGAACAUGGUCGAGGAGUUCCUGGAAUCUUCUUUAAGUAUGACAUUGAACCAAUGUACCUAACCAUCCGAGAAAGGACUACAACCUUGGUUCAAUUCUUAGUUAGACUUGCAGGUAUUGUAGGAGGUAUUGUAGUUUGUACAGGAUGGGCUUAUAGAGGAAUUGAUUAUGCAGCAUCAAGAGUGAUGCCUAAACUCGGAAAGGAAACUUCACAUGGAUAUUCUGAUCUUGAUUCAGGUUUACCUCAUGUUAGUCCUACUAGAACUGCUACAAGAAGAUUUUAUACCUAA